AUGGCGGACGCGAGCCAAUCCACUGCGGGCAGCGCUGGUCCGGACAGAGCGGAAGCGGGGGGGUCGCAAGGCGCCGGGGAUGCUAUCGCUGAUCAGUCGUCCGCGGCAGGUGCUGCGUGGGACGCUGCAGCGGUGCGGGCGGACGCGUCGGGGGCAGCGGCGCCCAGAGAGUCGUGCAUCAAACACAUCGAUGCCAUCUGGUUCUGCUACUGUGAGCGCCCUGCUGCUACUGUGAGCGCCCUGCUGCUGCGGCAUGGGUGUGAAGAGCAUGCUUCCAUGCCACGACACCACUGCACCCGUGCCGUGAUUGCUGCUUGUGAUAUUUGCUCUCUCUCACCCAUGCUUUGCCCCGCUCCGCCUCCUUUUCCCCGCUCCGCCUCCUUUUCCCCAUGGGCGUGGCACGGAGCAGCGCCGGUGUACCAGACAACGCAGUACUACCGCGAGGGCACGUUUGACUCGUGCCUCGGCAAGUGGGGCCACCUGUGGGACUGCAUGCUGCUGCGCACCGCCGCUGCCCCCUCCGUGCUGGUCAGUGCUGCCCCUCUGCACUACCGCCACCCGCCUGGUCUCGCCACGCCCAUGCGCCCAUGCUCCCAUACGCCCAUGCGCCCAUCACUGCCACCUGCCAGCUCAUCACUGCUCUCAAACGUUGCCUCCGUUUCCCGUGCUGCUGCGUGCCUGCACUGUCACCUUCCGUGCUACUCCCCUCUUGACCUCCAUGCACCGCUGGGCUUCCCCUUGGAUGAUGCUGUUGCAUGCGCACAACCCAUGGCACCAUUGCACGUGCCCAACUCCUCCUCCCUGCUGCCUGCUUCCCUGCUUGUCCUCUUCCCCCACACGCCAAUCGCCCAAUGCUCCACGGGUCUCACCUGUCUGCCAGGCGCGGCGCAAGGAGAGGCGCGAUCAGCAGGGCCCUCCGCCGGCGCACAUCUGGCAGAUGCGCUCGUCAGAGGAAGCAAGGAAGUUCUGGGAGCAGGAGUUUGGAUGCAAGUCCUAGCACGUGGGGCGGCGCAGCUAGUAGCUCUUGCAGCACACGAAAGCGCCGUUCUUCUGGCAGCAGCCGCCCUUCUUGCAGCACUUGUCGCCGCCGCAGCACGGGUACUCGGGGCUCUGCGCGGUGCACGCGUACACGCGCGUGUUGGGGAAAGGGCGCAAGCAGAGAGUUCCGGCCAGGAUGCGACGCUCUACGACUUCGCUGAGAUCGUCGCCGAGAAAGUCUGCGACUUCGUCGGCAGCAUCGUCGAAGGUGAACUCGUCGUUCGCGAUCGCCGCCUCGACGUCGGAGGCGGCGGUGCGCGCGGGCAGCAGGUGCAGCACGAGGGCCGCUGCGAGGAGCGCGAGAAGCGAGAAGCGGAGGGCGUUCAUCCUGUUCUAUCGGCGCGGGAAAGUAGCGACUAG